AACAAAUGCAAGUAAACGGGGGAGCUGCGCUUUUUCGGCAUUAAAAGCACAAUAACGUAGAAAAAUUAGCCGUCGAUAACUGGAGCCGAAACAUACCUGUACACCAUAGGUCUUUAUGCUAGUUGGGAAGGUGUGACAGACUCAGGUUUAUUACCCUCAGCAUGGAGCAAAGUCCGACAGAAGGCCUUCACACGGCACCAUCUCUGGGACAGUUUGAGUCUGUGCCUGUUUUCCGUCCUGAGAGGCCUCAACAGUUAUGAAUGACAGCUUACGGUGACCCGCACCUCCCCUCUCCUAUGGAUCAUGAACAUCCCACACUAUCUCCAGGAUCACCCCCAGCCCACAGCUUUCCACCCCACCGACCACACGCGGGACAUUGUGACCCAAGAGGCACCUUUAACAUCUCAGGAUUUAAAGCCAGACCCAGAUGGAAGGGCAGGUCAGGAGGGCUGUCCCGUGUGUGGUGACAGGGUGUCGGGGUAUCACUAUGGUCUGCUCACCUGUGAGAGCUGUAAGGGCUUUUUCAAGCGCUCCGUACAGAACAACAAGCGCUAUAUGUGUGCAGAGCGACAGAACUGUCCCAUGGACCCGGCCCAGAGGAAACGAUGCCCCUACUGCCGCUUUCAGAAAUGUUUAGCUGUGGGAAUGAAAAGAGAAGCCGUACGUGCAGACCGCAUGAGAGGUGGACGAAACAAAUUUGGGCCUCUAUAUCGACAGGACAGACAAAUGAAACAGCAAAGAGGGUCCUAUCACACGGCCAACAGCGCCCCCUACAGGGUCAAACAGGAGGGACCACAAUCAUCAAUGCAUCAUGAUUUUCCUCUCUCAAACCCGUCCCCUGCUACUCCUGACCAUUACCACCCACCCCAGCCCUUUCCUCCCAGCAUCAGCCAAUCAGAGUUUCCCAUGUUACUGGACUGCACCAUCCCCAGAGACCGGACACUUUCUGAUCCAUCCCUGUCUUUUCACACGCUGUAUUAUCCAGGCUUUCACGGAUACCCUCAAGAGAAAAGAGACCUCACGCUCAACUACAGUCCUGCUUCAACGUUGCCCUCUGCUCCCAUCUCCCCUACUGUUCUCACCACACCCGUAUCAACACCAGCUUCUACUCCAAGUUCAACCCCGAAUCCACAUAGCCUGACGCCCACAGUGACCCCAAACCCUAUUUCAUGCUUCUUAAGCCAGCUCCUGCAAGCUGAGCCGGAUGAGAAACAACUCUGCAUGCGGGUGUUAGCAAGCCUACAGAGAGAACAGGCAUGUCGAGGAAAACACGACCGCCUUAACACAUUCAGCAUCAUGUGCAAAAUGGCCGACCAGACUUUGUUUGGACUGGUGGAGUGGGCUCGCAACAGCACGCUGUUUAAAGAUCUUAAGGUAGAGGACCAAAUGGGGCUUCUGCAGAGCUGUUGGAGUGAACUUCUGAUCCUGGAUCACCUGUGCAGACAGGUGGCUUACGGAAGAGACGGCCGCAUCUGUUUGAUUACCGGACAACAGAUCGAAGUAUCCAUCAUCCUCAGCCAGGCUGGAGUUACUCUCAGUAGUCUGGUGUGCAGAACCCAGGACCUUGUCUCAAAGCUUAAGUCUCUUCAGCUGGACAGAGAAGAGUUUGUGUGCCUCAAAUAUCUUGUUCUCUUUAACCCAGAUGUAAAAUCAGUACAGGAUCGCAGGCAGGUCGAACAGACUCAAGAGCGUGUCAACAGAGCACUGAUGGAUCACACCAUGCAGACCCAUCCGGGUCACUCGGACAAGUUUGGCCAGCUGCUGCUCCGUCUGCCUGAGGUGCGCAGCAUCAGUCUGCAGGUGGAGGAGUAUCUGUAUCAGCGCCAUCUGCUGGGUGAUCUACCCUGCAACUCGCUGCUCACUGAAAUGUUGCACGCGAAGCACACGUAAGACACAACGAGAACAAAGCUUGUCUUUUCAUAUGCUCUUGUGAAUCUUUAUUUGAUCUUUAAGUCCUGAAUCUGGAUAGGUGGAACAAAAUGUGUAAUUUUGAACGUCACUAUUUUUGAAUAAAUCAAGAUGCCAGUUGUCAUCAUUGGCUGGUAUUAUCUGUAUAAUAACUACAGUAUAAAAUGUGAAGUAAGCUCACACACUGUUAACUAAUUAGUUAUUUGUGGAAAUCACAUCUGGUCAAACACUGCCACUGUCUAACUUGCCUUAACCACAGUCACACAUUCUUAUUAUAAAAGAAAAUGGUUUGUUUUUGAUAUUACUUCCAAGUUUCAAAUUUUGCAUCUGUUUUUCUAUGGUCUGAUUUUAUGUCCAGAAAGGUAAAUGUUAU